UAAAAUAAUCCAUCAUCAGCAGUAAUAAAUUACUGAAAGAAAAAAUGGACUCCUCAACCGCAGCAGCAUCAUCGUCGUCGUCGGCGUUGACAUCUCCGGUGACGGAAGAAGAGAUAACAUUGACGGUGAAAUGGAGCGGAAAAGAAUACACACUGAGAUUAUGUGGCGACGAUUCUGUGGGUGAAUUGAAAAGAAGGAUAUGCCAAGUGACAACCGUCCUUCCAAAACGCCAGAAGCUUCUUUACCCUAAAAUUGGAUCCAAACUUGCCGAUGAUUCCAUUUUGCUUUCUACUUUGCCCCUCAAAUCUUCCCUCAAAAUGACCAUGAUUGGUACUGUUGAAGAUGAUAUUAUUGUGGAUCAAGUUGAUGCUCCAGAGAUUGUUGAUGAUUUUGAAAUCGGCCAGGAUGAAGCCGUCGACAUUAAAGACAAAGAGGUCAACAAGCAGAAACUCAGGAGACGCGUUGAUCAGUACAAGAUUGAACUCAAAAAUCCAUGCCGAAAAGGGAAAAAGCUUCUUGUGCUGGAUAUAGACUACACUCUCUUUGACCAUCGGUCUACUGCAGAGAACCCACUUCAACUAAUGCGACCUUAUCUUCACGAGUUCUUGACAGCUGCUUAUGCAGAGUAUGACAUCAUUAUAUGGUCUGCAACAAGCAUGAAAUGGGUUGAGCUGAAGAUGGGACAGCUUGGGGUACUCAGUAAUCCCAAUUACAAAAUCACUGCUCUUUUAGACCAUUUAGCAAUGAUCACCGUUCAAUCAGAUAGUAGGGGAAUCUUUGACUGCAAACCACUUGGAUUAAUUUGGGCUCUUUUACCGGAGUUCUACAGUGCAAAGAAUACCAUAAUGUUUGAUGAUCUGCGAAGAAAUUUUGUUAUGAAUCCACAAAAUGGAUUGACGAUAAAACCUUUCAGAAAGGCACAUGCAAACCGAGACACUGACAGGGAACUAGUGAAGCUCACCCAGUACCUGCUAGCCAUUGCUGAUCUUGAUGACAUUAGUAUACUAGAUCACAAGAAAUGGGAGUCAUAUGAUGAAUCAAACUACAAGCGAAGGCGUCAGACAUGAGGAUGUAUCUCCUGGUAAUUCUUGCUCUUUCUGGAGAUAUAAUUUUCAAAAGCUUGUAGUUUUGAAUAUCAUUUAGGGGGCGUAAGUUAUGAUGUAAGCCUCUUAUUUUUCCAAAUUAUAAACAUUUUUAAGUUUUGAACCAUAUAUAUCCAGUUUAUAUUAGUGUA